CCUGGCGAAAAAGUCCCUUGCAUUCCCAUUGGACAGCUCCAAGAAGUUGCAACUGUCUCAAGCAAUAACUAUAACACUGGUCGAGGUGGAGCUCGGUUUAAACGUCGCCGAGAUGUCAAACUCCGACUUGACCUUAAUUUCCCAACUUUGGCCUCUGUCGUUGAUGUAGGUGAGAGUGAAGGCUACCUAGCUUCUAAUCAAAAGCCCCAGUCUCUCAAAUCUUCUACUCCUUUACCAGAUGUCACAAAAACACCCGAGACUCAGCGCUCACGACGGCUUGCCGCUCGUCUUGCUGCUGUUCAGGCGCGAACCGAGCCAGUCGGCGUCUGUGUGAGGGAUGUCCGGUCGGUACCAUCACCCAUCCAAGUCGGCGCUGAAGGAGUGGGCCUUAUUCCAACGUCGAAUUCGACUCCCAGUUCAGAUCCUCAAACACCGGACCCGAUACAGGAAUCAUAUGAACAGGCAGAACUUACAGAACUAGCUUCGAUCGAUAUACCUAGCCCUACUAUUGCUAUAGGAAAUAUUAUCUCCAAGACUUAUUUUGCAGAUGUGAAGAAUUCUCCUUCGCCAAGCUUUGUUUCUACAGUCAAUAUGCAAGAUAUAUCUUCUGUAGAGGCUCAUUUAAAGCCAGAGCCACUCCCAGCACUGUCAUUUCAUCAACAUCCUAUAAAAUGCGAAGGUAGUGAGUCAGAGACAGAUCCUAAAUCUAGUGCAGAUACUGAGGAAGAAGCAGCAGCCAGGAAGUUAGAUGAGACCGAAGGUUUGUUGGUCCAAGCAGCAACCAAGACGACUCAGGAUUCAGAGCAUAUGGAUCUGGACUCUUUACCAAUUGUCGAUGAA